CGAGCUCCAGUCAAACGGAGCCAUAUGAGGAGAAGCUGCUCGCUCACACGGAAGCUCGGUUAACGGUGGCGCAUUCUUUUACAGUGAUAUCGGCAAUCACACUUUAUUAAGGCACUUUGAACGGUUUGAGACGCUCGUCGGCCGGGUCGAUGUUGCCGUCGCAGCGGGGGAUUGUUGUUCUCCACCAUGUCGAAGCCGGCCCGUCGUUUUUAGCUAGGGGUGCGGGUAAAGCGUGACUAAUCGGUGUGUCGGGAAAACAAUAGACAUGGAGCAGUGGCAGGACGCGGCCUCCCGGCACGUCAAGCUACUGACGGACCGUUUGAAUGAGCUGCUGUCCAGAGGCCUCGGUGUGGAUUUGGGGCUGAAGCCGGAGCUACUGCCGCCGUGGCUCAGCCUGUUAGCCGCAGGCGCCGGGCUGUUGCUAAUGCUCGCCCUGUGGGCCUCUGUGUGCCGGGGGCUCUUCAAGAAGCGACCUGCUCUCAGGCCUCUAGACGACGGCGUGGACACGAAGCGGGCCGUCACGAAACCCGUUAAAGCCGAGGAGCAGAGGAAAAAGAAGAAGAAGUCGGAAAAGAAAGGCCAGCCUAAUGGCAGAGCUGUGGCUGAGCCGCAGGAAGAAGCGGUGGUGCCGGAGGAGGCAGUGCCACAUCAGCAAGCUGCACGAGGCAAAGUGGAAAGUGAGGUGAAGAAGUCAAAGAAGGCGGCCAAACAGGCAGUGAAAGAGACGAAGACCGUGACUGCAGACGGCAAAGAACCAGAAGAAGGCACGUGGGAGACGAAGGUCAGCAACAAGGAGAAGCGUGAGCAACGCAAGAAGGACAAGAGUUCGAGUGACGGUUCAGCCAGUCCUCGGGGAGGCGACACACCUGUCUGCACCACCCCAGAGCAGACCAAGCCCUCGGCAGCCCCACCCCCUGCUAACCAAAAGAAAAAAAAAGGAGAAACCACAAAAGUAAAGCUGGAGAAGACUGACCCUGCUGCGUCCCAAGGUAAAUUGAGCAGUGGCGGCGUUGCUGCAGUGACAGCUCCUGUGGCUGAGAAGGGAGUAAAUGUUGCGUCUCACACAGUUGGGCCAAAGAGGGCUCGCUGGACAACCAGCCAAGAACCAACAUCCCUGUGGGUGGCGGAACUUGAUGGGUCGUGGACUGUGAUUGACAACAGCAUGAAGCCAUCUGAUCUAAAGCUGGCGUCUUUUGCAGGACUGUUAGCUGCUGCUGAUGAGCCUCAGCCUGUCAGAGACCUGCCCUGGCUCAGUCAGCCCAGAGUGGAUGAUGAGUGGUCUGGACUCAAUGGUGGUUCAGUUGACCCCAGCUCUGAUUGGAAUGCCCCCUCUGAGGCCUGGGGCAACUAUGAAGAACCCACUCCUGAGGCUCCUCCCACUCAGGAGCAGCCCAUUCCUGAGGCCAAUAAGGUUAAUCUGAGUGAUGCAGCUGUUGAUGAUGAGGAUGAGAAGGACAAAGCAGGAACUGCUGCUGAUGGAGCAGCUAAAGCUAAAAAGAAGAAAAAGAAGAAGAAGAAGGCUGCUGAGGAUGGAGAAGCCAGCACCCAGAAGGUUGAGGAGCCAAAGAAGGAGAUGAUUCCUGCAGCCUCGGUGAAAAGGCUGCCACCUGUUCAGGAAAACGUUGCUGCCGUCCAGCCAGUCAAAUCUGCUUCUGUCGAGGUGAAAGUGGAGCGAUCAGUGAAGGACAACAUAUCCCAGAAACCCCCCAUCACACAAGUGCCACAGAAGACAAGUGAUGGCGAGUCCACUGCCAAGCAGACCGGUCUUCCCGCUCCAACGCAACAAAAGAAACCUGAUGAGAGCCAAGCCCCCAAGCCGGCAAAGAAGAAGAAGGCGAGGAGGGAGACAUGAGGAGUCGUUUCUGCAGAAGACUUCAUGUUUAUGCAACAACGCGUUCUGUGAAAGAACUUUGAAAUCGCAUCUACAUGAUGAACUUGAUCUUAAAAACCAGACUGGAAAAAGAAACAAGUUUUUCAAGCAUCGUGUGUCAGUCAGUAGAUUACUCAAACUGAACCCAAGCGGUGUUAAUGAUUUUUACAUUUCAAAUUGUCUUCUAAUUCCAAUGAAUCAAAUGGCUCAUUGAAAGAGCUGUAAUUGUAGUCAAUUAGAAUUGUAGAAAAUUCCCAUAACACUUAGGAAGUGAGUUUGGUCGGUGGCUAACACCAGGAACUGGCCGUGACAGAUGAAAUGGCCAACAAUGUGCAUCAGGUUAGGCCAACUUUAGGCCAUAAUGCCGAGCUGGCCUUUGCUUUACAAGUCUCUUAAUUUGCUCUUAAACCUGUGAACUGUGAGCACUGUCGAAUGAGUACAGGUAGAUAAAACAUUUGUUUUAGAAACGUCCGCUAUGAACGGUUUGGCUCAACAGGGUGUGUGAACAGAAAUAAUUAUUAGACGUGUGUAAUCUUAAAAAAAAAAAAAAAAUUGUAUUGUUGGACGCAGAAAUGGGGAACCACAUCUGCUCUUUUUUUUUUUUUUUUGCAUUAUUGUAAUUAUGAACAGUUGAGUCCAUCUGGUUUGUCAUUUGUGUGUCGAAACAGUUGCUUCAUUGCCGUUUUAUCUCCGAGCGCUUUGAGCCACGUCGCAGUAUUUCAGAUGAUGCGUUGUCUGUUGCUUCAUAGUUUGUUUUUCCCCACCUGUCCUUGAUUCUGACGUCUUUAAGACCUUUUGUAAAACCUGUUUGUAAUAAAAGAAAAGCUAAAGCCA